AUGGAUAAUAACAUAUAUGCUUGGCUUGAGAAAGCUGACGAUGUUAUGUUAGAUGAUUUUGACCCCGAUGAAGAUGAGAGUGAUGGAGAAGUAUUAGAUAUUCCAGAAAGUAGUGAUGAAUCUGUUGAAAAUGUAAAUGAUUCCGAAAUGUCUUGUCCUGACGAUUCUAUUAGAAAUGAUUUUCGUGGAUAUAAUAAAGGUAAAGAUAAUAUUAUCAAGUGGUAUACUGACCCUCCUCCUCGUAAUGUUAGAACUCCACAAAGAAAUAUUGUAACACACCUUCCUAGUGUAAAAUCGGCAGCAAAAAAUGCUAAAACUAUAAUUCACUCUUGGGAACUUUUUUUUCCCAACGAUUGUUUACAAGAAAUUACUACUUGUACUAAUAUAUAUUUAUCAAAAAUUCGUGAUAAUUAUCAAAGGGACAAAGAUGUUUUAGAUACUGACGUAGAUGAAAUUCGAGCACUUAUCGGUCUCUUAUAUAUUGCUGGUAUGUUAAGAAAUAAUCACAUAAAUCUUUCCGACUUGUGGGCAAACGAUGGAUUCUCUCCCGACAUUUUUCGUGCUGUAAUGUCUGAAAGACGUUUUUACCUUUUACUUCGCGCUUUACGAUUUGAUAACAUACACACUAGAAAUGAACGAAAAAAAAUUGACAAUUUAGCACCAAUUAGAACGGUUUUUGAUGAAUUCGUAAAUCGUUGCAUAUCAUUUUAUACACCAGGAGAAUAUUGUACAAUUGACAAAAUGUUAGAAGGCUUCCGGGGACGAUGUAAAUUUCGUCAGUACAUAGCCAACAAACCUAAUAAAUAUGGUAUAAAGAUUUUUGCUUUGGUAGAUUCACGUGUAUUUUAUACAGUAAAUAUGGAAAUUUACGCAGGCAAACAACCGAUUGGAUCGUUUUUACAGAACAAUAGUGGAGCUAGUGUUGUCAAACGUAUGAUAAAACCAAUUGCUAAAACAGGGCGUAAUAUUACUAUUGAUAAUUGGUUCACUUCAGUCCCUUUAGCAGUUAAGCUUCUAAAAGACUAUAAAACUACUAUGGGAAAAAAUGUUAUGAUGCUAUCAACAAUGCAUACACAAGGUGACAUUGAUCCAAACUCGGGAGAUAAAAAAUUACCAGAAGUCAUUUCAUUUUAUAAUAUGUCAAAAGGAGGUGUAGACGUUGUGGAUGAACUGAAAGGUGAAUACUCAGUUUCAAGAAACAGCCACAGAUGGCCUCUGACAGUAUUUUUUUCUUUACUCAACAUUGCUGGAAUAAACAGUCAAAUUAUUUACAAAUCAAACACUGAUAUUGUUAUUCCACGACGCAAAUUUUUAAAGCAAUUAGGGAAAGACCUAUGCAAAACUCAUAUGAUUCGACGACAAAGUAUUCCAACAUUAUCUAUUCCUCUAAGACAACAAAUUACACGAUUUAGUGGAGUCAUUUCAAGCCCAGAAACUGGAACUAGUACAAAUGGAAAAGCAAAAUGUUCUUAUUGUCCAAAAAAGGAAAAUCAAUAUACAGUGGUAAUUUGUGCAACAUGUUCAAAUCCAAUUUGCAAAAAACAUACUACAACCAUAUGCGAUUCCUGUAUCUCCGAAGAUUGUAAAUAUCGAUGGCGGAAUAUACGUGAUACCUACAUGGGGCACAAAAAAAAACUUGGUACUGGAUCUCCGGCCAUAUUGUCCAAAAAAAAAUGGCCUUUAGCCGGUCAUUUGUCAUUUUUAGAUAAUGUUGAGUAUGAAAGAAU